GAGAAUGGCGACAAAAUAGGCUAAUGCCGUCUCAAGUUUUGAUUUAGUUUCAGGCAACAUAUUGUGCCGUUUUACCCCGGGUUUUUUUGCCAAAGAAAUAUGCCGUUUUCGCCAGGCACUUCGGUGUCGUUUUGAAGCGGUGCCGGUUUGGUCUGAUUCCUUUACCACUUCCCGUUAUUAUCGUUUCCGGGUGGGACUGGACUCGAAAAGUGUAUAAAAUAUAGCGACGACCCUGGGUUGUCGCUUCAAGUGCGAGUACUAUCCCAAACCGGAAGUAAAUAUUGGACGUGCGCAUUUGCAUGUUGUGUAUAUAAUAGACACACAGGUGACUAUUUAGGAAGACUCGUUAAUGGUGACAGAUGACGUUGACACUAUGAACCUGUAUGAAGGGCUGCUGUUACCUUGGUAACAGGUAUCUUGUUGGCACUGGUGCUUGAGAUUGGUUAUGCCUCUAUGAGCCAGGUCCUGUCUCUGUGUGUGCAGCAAGAAGUGCAGCUGCGCUUUCUCUGCCCUCAUGAUCUGGAUGAGGUCAAGAGACUAUGUGCGGAGUGGUUCCCUAUAGAGUACCCUGACACGUGGUACAAUGACAUUACAUCCAAUCCCCGCUUCUACUCCCUGGCCGCCACCCACCGAGCUCGCAUCAUUGGACUCAUUGUGGCAGAAAUUAAACCAAGAUCCAAGCUCAACAAGGAGGAUGCAGAUAUUCUGGCCUCUUACUAUGGGCCAAGUGUUCAGGUGGCCUACAUCCUCAGUCUUGGUGUGGUGGGGGACUUCAGGCGGAAUGGCAUAGCCUCCCUUCUCCUGGAUAGCCUGCUGUCCUUUCUCACUUCCAAGGAGGGCUACGACUGCAAGGCGGUCUACCUGCACGUCCUGGCUACCAACUCAGUGGCACUGCGCUUCUACGAACAUCGGAACUUCAAGCCCCACAGCUUCCUGCCGUACUACUACUCCAUACAGGGCAAGCCUAGGGAUGGCUUCUCAUAUGUUCUCUAUGUCAAUGGGGGACAGCCACCUUGGUCCAUCAUUGACUACAUCAGCCAUUGUGGGAAGAUGUUGACCAAGAUGCAGCCAUGUGCUCUCCCCAAGCACAUGUACCACGCAAUUCGCAGUAUCAUCAACCGGUUCCUCUUUGGGUCAUCACAGCAAGAGAAUGCAGGUCAUGUCAGCUGAUGGUCACCAGUGCACACUCAGCAACCAAGGUCAAGGAUCAUCAAACAUGUCUAGGUCAAGGUCAUUUACAAGGGAAACAACUGAUAACAUCUCUUCAAUAUGCAGAAACACAUGCCAAAGGAUAUUUAUAAUGAUUUUUAUGAUCCAUGCGAUGCAGUUCAUGUACUGAAGUAGAAAUUUAAAGGGAACUAAUGUCAAGUAUAUUGAUGGGAAUAAUUGCAUUUAUUAGCAUUUUUUAAUUGAAAAUAAUGUAUAAUACCGGAUUGAUUUUAUUUAUGAAAAACAUUUUCACCAAUUUUUCAAUUAUAGUCUGUCCACAUCAACCCUGAUUGUAUCAGAUUACACAACUUUAGAGUAAUCUCCCCUGUUUGAUGGUGUCCUUGUCAUUGGUUGAUGCAAGUGUGUAUGUCCUUGAUCAAGGAGCCAAGUUUCAUUUUGCCCACAACACAUAGCUAUGAAUACACCUCCAUCCAGAUCCUCUAUAGACAAACGACACACUCGUACUUCUACCCUUUGUGAUAUCUCUACUCCUCUAUCUGUAAGCCAUGUGUGAAUAUUAUAAAAAAACAUUCACCAACGAUGGUUUACAGAAAUUCAAAUUUUUUGUUUCACCCACCUGAAGCGUGAUAGCCAGGUAUGACUGCAGCUACAGUGUUUAGUAUAUUUUGGCUAAGUGCUCUCAUCUGUGGACUGUCCAUUACGCAAGAGAAUAUUUUACUACAUACUGAUACAAUGUGAUAGACAGGUUGGGUUAAUCAUAGGAUGCACACCUGUUUCAUUGCAAUUCACUUGAAUUGUUAUGUUUACAACCCUUAGAAUUGUGAAACACUAUGAAAACGCAAUCCUGAUUUAAGUUGUAAAGAAAUUAUGAAGACAUUUAUCAGUGUGUGAUAUUCUGGGGCAGCUGUGUAUUGUGUAAUGUGGCAGAUGUCAGGAAAUAUAGUGGGUUUGGUAAGUCCUGGUCUCUGUAGGCUUGGGGGCACGGAGGGCACAGGUGGCCUUUCAUCUGAGGAGCUGCAAUUCAUGGUGCAGAGAUGCAUCUCUAGGGUAAAUCCAUACUUGCCGUAAAAGGCGACUAUACUUGUCGUGAAAGAAGACUAACGGUAUCGGGUGGUCAGGCUCACUGACUUGGUUGAUACAUGUCAUCGCUCCCAGUUGCGUGGAUCG